AUGUGCUCAGUGUGCUCCAACCCCUUACCUUCCAGGUGUGCCACUGCGUGGCUUCGAGACUACUCCUUAACAGCUUACUCCGAGGUCACGCCGCGGUCUCAAAUCCCGCCGCCGCCCUUGUCCUUCAUCUGCGGCGUCUGGCUUAACCCCACCUACAAAUUCAUUUUCAUUCGGAACCGGAAGACCGCCUCAUCAACCUUCAUCACGGCCGUCAAGCGGUUCAUGCUGGAUGCGAAACUGUGCGAAAUCACAAAGGACGCCAACGGCAAUUCCUCCAACAACUGCUUCGCUCGCCUAGAACCCGAGGAGAUCACCCGCGCCGGCUUUGACGUGGAACGAAUGUGGCGCGACUACUUGGUGAUCACCAGCUCACGCAACCCUUGGGCGCGCGCAGCAAGUGGCUAUCAGUUCACGUUCGACAAGUGGAACAAGAAGCUGACCGACGGGAGCUGCAAGCAGCCAACCUUUCUUCAAUUCUGCAGGGAUCCGUUUGUGAUGGGCAAGGUGUCCAACCUUUUCAAAUGCGCGGAGGGCCAACGUGAGGGGGUGGGGAGUCGCGAGGAGGGCCACUGGAACUUUGACUUCUGUCACGUGGAGCCGGCGACGCCCUGCAUGGUGGACGACCAAGGGCAGCUCGUAGUGGACUUCAUGAUCAGGUACGAGCGACUUGAAGAGGACAUGCACGCAGCAAUUGAACUGAUCAACUCGCGACGGCCCGCGGGUACUCCAGCAAUUGAGAUCCCGGGCUCUGUUAAGUGGAGGAAUAAGGGUACGAUAGCCAAGACGUACGACAUCAACAGCACUGACGCAGCGGCCUUCGUAUAUGCACCUCGGUAUCGGGCCUGCGGUGCCCCAUGUGUGGAUGCACUUGCCGACUUUUACGCCGAUGACCUGAAGCUGUUCGGCUGGGACAGGCCCGAUCCGCCACCCUCCCAUUCCAAUUCCUGA